AAGAAUAAAGGGUAGGUCAUUUAGGACUGAAAUGAGGAAAAACAUUUUCACCCAGAGUUAUGAAUCUGUGGAAUUCUAUGCCUCAGAAGGCAGUGGAGGCCAAUUCACUGGAUGUUUUCAAGAGAGAGUUAGCUCAUAGGGCUAAUGGAAUCAAGGGAUAUGGGGAGAAAGCAGGAACAGGGUACUAAUUGUGGACAAAUAGCUAUGAUCAUAAUUGAAUGGCGGUGCUGGCUAAAUGCCCUACUCCUGCGCCUACUUUCCAUGAUUCUACGUUUCCAAGUCAUUUCCAAUCAAGCUCAGAAACAGAGAGGUGAAAAUGAAGGUGAACAAUCUGAAUGACAUUGAACAGGGGACGAGGUAUUAUUGAAGAGAAAAUAUUGAAGUCAAGAUAAGAACUAUUAUUUUCCCUUUGUAAAUAGCAGGAGGAUCAUCGUGACUGCCCUUUCACUCUGAUAAAGCGAACGACAAACACAUUGGACUAUUGUUCGUGAUAAGCUCAUUGUAUAAAAGAGGCAGCUCAGGUCUAGUCAGCAACAGUAACAAGAUGGCAAAGCUACUUCUUGGAACAGCGGUGGUCUUACUGGCCUGCCUGCAACUGGGCUCUGCCUACAGGCUGGUAUGUUACUUCACCAACUGGGCACAGUACAGACCAGGAGAGGGUAAAUACAUGCCCCAGAGCGUGGACCCUUGCCUCUGCACGCACAUCAUCUACGCCUUCGCUGGAAUGAAGAGCAAUCAGAUCGCCACCUACGAAUGGAACGACCCAAAACUCUACCAGGAAAUCAACAGCCUGAAGAACAAGUACAGUCGCUGA